CACAGCGCGUGGGAUCGAGAUUAUUUUUUACAAUCCUUUCUUUCUUAUCCCUUCCCUUCCUUUCCUUUCAACUGCACAGUGGAACAAGACGUGCUGUGUGGGAAUAACAAAUAUAGAUAUAUUCGUUUUUUCUUGGAUUGUAUAGGUUACUGGUUUUCAACUCUGUUAUUUUCAAUUGAUAAAGUUGUAGUCUAUUGAAACGUCAGUAAAAUUUUGAAUGCCAAUAUUAUACUACGUAAAUGAUUUUUUUAUACUACGUAAAAUACUUCUUAUCAUUUCUACCGUUGCCAAAUCGCCCUUUGGAUAAAAAUGAGCACUUGAUGGGAAUUGGACUAUAAGGAAAUGAAGAAUCUUGAUAUCUUCGAUUUGAAGGAUUGUCAGUGAGCGGCCCUCCUCUAUAAGAUGGUUCCCAGUGUGUGUGGUGUGUCCCUGGCUGUGGUGUUGCUGACCCUGGUGUCUCCUGGUGGUGCCUGCCCUCUGCCCUGCUCUUGCUACCAGCCCACUGAACUACACUGCACCUUCAGAUCUCUGGUCAACAUACCACAGCCCCUACCGCAACACACACUACACAUCAACCUGGGGUUCAACAGUAUCAGCAGGAUCCCAGACAGCUCAUUGGCUGGUCUGAGGAGGCUGGCGCUGCUGAUGCUUCAUGGGAAUGACAUCCAUGAGAUUCCUGACGGAGCUUUCCAAGAUCUGUCUUCCCUUCAGGUCCUGAAGCUGAGCUAUAACAAGCUGAGGGAGAUCUCAGCAAAGAGCUUCUCAGGCCUAUCCUCUCUACAGCGCCUCCACCUGGAUCACAACUGGCUGCAGUCCCUCCACCCCCAGGCCCUGCUCCGCCUCCCCAACCUCAGACUGAUCCGACUGCAGGGGAACCGGCUCCACCAGCUGCACCCGCAGGCCUUCUGCACUCUGUCCCUACUGCAGACAUUCUGCUACUCCACCCUCAGGCAUCUGGACGUGUCCAACAACAGUCUGACUAACCUGCCCAGAGACAUACUGAGGACCGCCCCUCUUCUGGAGUCCCUAGCUCUGCAGGCCAACCCUUGGACCUGCGACUGCAGCAUGGCUUGGCUGCAGGCCUGGAGCAUCUCUCACCCAGGGUUGUUGAAAUGUCCGGGGCCACAGUGCCUGGUCUGUGCCUCACCCAAUCACCUGAAGGGACGUGGUCUUUUGCAGCAGAAAGACUUAUCCUGCUCCUCGCCUGUAAUUGCCACCAAUCCCAGAGCCUCAUCUCAGGAGGAUGGCGGAAUUCAGUCAAUAGAAACUUUCAGAGAGGCUUUAGGUCACGCCUCCUUGGGGAUGUCCGACCAACAGGGGAAUGCAGUUGAUCUGAAGUGUAACAUCACACACUCCUCACAGACUCCUGACAUUACCCCACCACAACUUUCCUCCUCCUUCACCCCCCUCUCCCUCUCUCUUUCCCUUUCCCUGGUCUGUGGGGUGGAUGGGCACAGCUAUGAGAGGCUGUGGAGGCUGAUGGCCUACUACAGUGAGACACCUGCCAGGCUUCAGAGAGAAAUCAUGUUGAGUAAAGCCCCAACACUUGCCUACAGGUACAGACAGAGAGCAGAGAGAGAGGGCUACUACCAUACAGGGGUCAGGGCCAGUGUCCAUGCCCAUCCUGCCUGGUUACUGCAGCCCCAUGUUAGUCUCCAGUUCAACAGAGCUCAGUCCAGCACCCACAGGGUUACACUGACCCUGUCCACCCUGGUGUCUGCCCCCCCAGACCCCCCAUCCCAACACCCCUGGGUCCUCAUCCAGACCAACCACACCCACACAGCUUUUACAGCAGCCACAGACAGCCAGAUCCACCUGCCCUGUCCUGUCCUUAGCUCUACUGAGGACCUAAGCUCUGGAGACCCCAGGCUCCAAUGGGUGUUUCCAGAUGGUUUAACAGUCUCCUUCCCCUACCACAGCUCAGAUGGUAGGGUCCGGGUGUCUGGCCAAGGGCUGAUCCUGCAGAGAGUGGAUCACUCUGAUGCUGGACUGUACUACUGCGUGGCCCGGGCGGGGGGAAAUGUCGAUGUUCUCCCCCUCCGUCUGGUGGUAGUAGAAUCAUCCAACGCUCCCCCAGGGGAGGAGCUAGGCGCUGCUGUGACUGGAUUGGUUGGAGACCCUGUCAGUCUACCGUGUGAGGCCUCUGGUUCACCGAAGGUUGAGGUGAACUGGGUUCUUCCUGACGGGGAAGUGGUAGGGAGUAGGAACAAGGGGAGAAGAAGGGGGGAGGCAGGGGUGACUGUCUUAGCCAAUGGUACCCUGUCUCUCCCCUUCCCUGGGCAGAGAGACGCAGGACUAUACCGUUGUGUAGCGGUGAACCAGCACGGUGCCGACUCUCACUCCACCAGACUGAUUCUAACCCCACGUCCUACCGACACCUCAUCAAGCAUGAGAUAUCCCAUGAGGCCACAGUCUGUGAUGGGGUUGUCCAACAGGGUACCAGCCCCUCUAGGGAUCAAGGAGGUUGAAGAGGGGGUGUCAGGAAAUGACAAGGAGGAGGAGAACAUACUGCACACCAGGGCAGGUAACACCAGGAGGAGAGGUCUUAGACCUAAACCUCCCCUGACACGGCGCCCCCCCAUCAGAUCUCACAUGGUGAGGGUGGAGGGAGGCGGACCCCCUCAGAGGGGAAGGAGGCCCCUGAGGAGAGGCUUCCCUGUGGAGCAGAAGAGGAACAGGCUGGAGGGCCGUCGGAGGUUUAACCUGGCCAAACACAAGAUAGACCCUCAGAAAUGGGCCGAGUUGCUGGCUAAGAUACGUGAAAGGACUGCCCCUAAAAUCACAGACUCCCUGUAUGUAUCACCCCCAACUAGAGCACGUACUACCACCUCAGCCCCCCCAACUAGAGCAAAGACAACCACCUCAACCCCAACUGAAGCAAAGAAAACCACCUCAACCCCAACUGAAGCAAAGGAAACCACAUCAACCCCAACUGAAGCAAAGGAAACCACAUCAACCCCAACUGAAGCAAAGACAACCACCCUAACCCCAAGUGAAGCAAAGACAACAACCUCAACCCCAACUGAAGCAAAGACAACCACCUCAAUCCUAACUGAAGCAAAGACAACCACCUCAAUCCUAACUGAAGCAAAGACAACAACCUCAACCCCAACUGAAGCAAAGACAACCACCUCAAUCCUAACUGAAGCAACGACAACAACCUCAAUCUUAACUGAAGCAAAGACAACCACCUCAAUCCUAACUGAAGCAAUGACAACAACCUCAACCCCAACUGAAUCAAAGACAACAACCUCAACCCCAACUGAAGCAAAGACAACAACCUCAACCCCAACUGAAGCAAAGACAACAACCUCAACCCCAACUGAAGCAAAGACAACCACCUCAAUCCCAACUGAAGCAACGACAACAUCCUCAAUCCUAACUGAAGCAAAGACAACCACCUCAAUCUUAACUGAAGCAACGACAACAUCCUCAAUCCUAACUGAAGCAAAGACAACCACCUCAAAUCCAACUGAAGCAAAGACAACCACCUCAAACCCAACCGAAGCAAAGACAACCGCAGCAUCCCCAACUGAAGCAAAGACAACCAGAAUGCAGACAACCAGAAUAAAGCCAGGCAGCACACAACCAAAGACCACACAACCAAAGACCACACAACCAAAGACCACACUACCAAACACCACACUACCAAAGAGCACACCAGAGGUUACAGUGGGAGGAAAAUCCCCUCAACGUACUGUAUUGGAGUCAGAGGCUGAUACCACAGAGGGUUUUUCCAUAGAUGUCACCAGUCUACAGGAAGAGGGAUUGAAUACUGUCCACACAUCACUGAUCCCAGACCUGCUAACAAAGGAUAGAGUGGCCCCAGAGACAACAAACACUGCAGAUCAGACCAAUAACUUCCCCCAGACCCCUCAGUCAAACACAGACACAGAUACAGAGACAGGAACAGAGACAGAGAGUUCCCCUAAAAGCACAAAGCCAACCUCCAGCAUCAAUGACAUUAGCACAGAGCUGGUCCUUAAUCCUGUAAGGACCACAGGUGAGAGGAGGAGGUAUGGAACAACAAACUCUGGACAGUUAACAUUCUCCAACUCUGUCCCAUCGCAAUCCAGAAUCCCCUGGAAUUCCAGGAGAAGGCCCGGCCAGAGGAGACGCAUCAGCAGACCCAGAGGACGACCCACCGCCCCCCAGAAUUCCCCAGGUCCAACCUCCCCUCGCCAGAAUACCCCAGGUCCAACCUCCCCUCGCCAGAAUACCCCAGGUUCAACCUCCUCUCGCCAGAAUACCCCAGGUCCAACCUCCCCUCGCCAGAAUACCCCAAGUCCAACCUCCUCUCGCCAGAAUACCCCAGGUCCAACCUCCCCUCGCCAGAAUACCCCAUGUCCAACCUCCUCUCGCCAGAAUACCCCAGGUCCAACCUCCCCUCGCCAGAAUACCCCAGGUCCAACCUCCUCUCGCCAGAAUACCCCAGGUCCAACCUCUCCUCACCAGAAUACCCCAGGUUCAACCUCCCCUCGCCAGAAUACCCCAGGUCCAACCUCCUCUCACCAGAAUACCCCAGGUCCAACCUCCCCUCGCCAGAAUACCCCAGGUCCAACCUCCCCUCGCCAGAAUACCCCAGGUCCAACCUCCUCUCGCCAGAAUACCCCAGGUCCAACCUCCCCUCGCCAGAAUACCCCAGGUCCAACCUCCUCUCGCCAGAAUACCCUAGGUCCAACCUCCCCUCGCCAGAAUACCCCAGGUCCAACCUCCCCUCACCAGAAUACCCCAGGUCCAACCUCCUCUCGUCAGAAUACCCCAGGUCCAACCUCCUCUCGCCAGAAUACCCCAGGUCCAACCUCCUCUCGCCAGAAUACCCCCAGAGCAUCACUUGCAGACCCCAGGGGACUGCCAGCAGCUGCAACAACCACUACUAGAACCACUACUACAACCACUACUAGAACUACUGCUCCAUCCUCUACUAGGAUCACUGCUCCAUCAAGCACAUCCAUCUCCCCCUCUGCUUUCUUUCCUGCCUCUCCCCCCCAGACACACACAGACAGGGUGACUCACUCAGCAAACACUGCUUCCCGGCUCCCUGACAGGUCCCAAACGACUAGCACACACACACACAUUUGCACACACACUCGCACACACACUGGCAAACAUACACCCACAGUCACAACAACUAGUACACACACAGACAAAUAUACACCCACAGUUACACACAGCGAUACAGACAAACAGAGUUAUGAUGAAACAGAGGGUCAGGUCUGGGCCACUCCUAAAGAGCAGGUUCUAUCUGUCUUCAACCCAGAGUAUAUCAAAACAACUCCCCCUCGGUCUGGAACCACACCAGGUAGAACAACACCUACGGGCACUGAGAAAGAACCAAGUGAGAUAGAACCCAGUGAGAUAAAACCCCUCUACCCAGCUGCUGAUGAAGAACCCAAUGAGGAGGAACCACCAGCCACCGAUGAAGAACCCAGUGAGAUAGAACCACCAGCAACUGAUGAAGAACACAGAGAGGUAGAACCACCAGCAACUGAGGAGGAACACAGAGAGGUACAACCACCAGCCACUGAUGAAGAACACAGAGAGAUAGAACCACCAGCCACUGAUGAAGAACACAGAGAGGUAGAACCACCGGCAACUGAGGAGGAACACAGAGAGGUACAACCACCAGCCACUGAUGAAGAACACAGAGAGAUAGAACCACCAGCCACUGAUGAAGAACACAGAGAGAUAGAACCACCAGCCACUGAUGAAGAACACAGAGAGGUAGAACCACCGGCCACUGAUGAAGAACACAGUGAGAUGGAACCACCAGCCACUGAUGAAGAACACAGUGAGAUGGAACCACCAGCAACUGAUGAAGAACACAGUGAGAUGGAACCACCAGCAAUUGAUGAAGAACACAGUGAGAUGGAACCACCAGCAACUGAUGAAGAACACAGUGAGAUGGAACCACCAGCAAUUGAUGAAGAACACAGUGAGAUGGAACCACCAGCCACUGAUGAAGAACACAGAGAGAUAGAACCACCAGCCACUGAUGAAGAACACAGAGAGAUAGAACCACCAGCCACUGAUGAAGAACACAGUGAGAUGGAACCACCAGCAACUGAUGAAGAACACAGUGAGAUGGAACCACCAGCAAUUGAUGAAGAACACAGUGAGAUGGAACCACCAGCCACUGAUGAAGAACACAGUGAGAUGGAACCAGUUUAUCUAGCACCUGAUAAACCAGAGGAGAGACAACCAGAGUCAGAAAUAAACAGCUCUCUUUCAUCUACAACACAACUACUGUCCCCAAACACAACUGAUACAGCAGCUACCACCGUUUCAGCCAUCCCCUCCUCUACAGUCAUCACCUCCAUUAAAAGAACUAACACUAUAACUAUUCCUACAACUACUAUUCCUACUACCACUAUUCCCACAACUACUACCACUAUUCCCACAACUACUACCACUAUUCCUACAACUACUACCACUAUUCCUACAACUACUACCACUAUUCCCACAACUACUACCACUAUUCCCACAACUACUACCACUAUUCCUACAACUACUACCACUAUUCCCACAACUACUACCACUAUUCCCACAACUACUACCACUAUUCCCACAACUACUACCACUAUUCCCAGAACUACGACUACCACUCCUACUACUACAACAGUCUGGAGGAAUCCUGGGCUAAAUGCCAUCCCAGACUCACAUGUCAGUCGCUACCGCCCCCCACCUUACCCCAACGACCCACAACACCUUAUCACAAGGCCUGACCCAGUCAGAACUCCACCCCCAAUAAAACACGCACCCUCUCUCCCACACCGUGCCAACCCCAAACUUCUUCUCCCAGACAUUUUAGAGACCCCUUCCUCUGCAGUCCUCACCACAAGAGCUCCGUCCAGCCCUCCCAAGAUCUUCCCACCCACCACAGACCCUCAGGCCGGGGUCAACACUGGCUCUACUCCUCCUCGUUCCCCUCCCCACCGUAGUGUGACUGCCCAACGCCCCCCUCAGACCCCUGUCCUGCGUGUCAGGCCCCUUAUCACUCCCCCCCACGUACGCUCCAUGUCUGUCCCAGCUGAGAGUGACGCCUUCCUGCCAUGCGAGGCCAUUGGACAGCCUCCUCCGAAAAUCACCUGGAUCAAGGUCUCCACAGGAGCUGUGAUAUCACUGGACACCAAGGCAGAGCGUUUCCAGGUCCUACCCAACGGAACCUUUCUCAUCCGGAGCGUGCAGGUCCAGGACCGGGGGACAUAUAUCUGCAGCGCACAGAACUCUGUGGGUCUUGACCGCGUGAUGGUGACUCUGGAGGUCUGGUCCCGCCCACCACGCAUUCAGCUACCCACUCACAGAGAGGUCACGGUGCACCAGGGGGGAGAGUUGAGGUGGGAGUGUCGGGCUCAGGGGGUGCCUGUCCCUCUGCUGUCCUGGGUGCUACCUGACCGCUCCAUCUUGACCCCCGACCUUAACUCCAACCCUGCCCAUGGCCCUCACCCCCGGGUGUCUAUAUUCCCUAAUGGUACUCUGCGUAUUGUGGCUGUCGGCCCAGCAGACAAAGGACUGUAUCGCUGUGUAGCCUCCAACCCAGCAGGGGCUAGCAGUCUGUCAGUCCGACUCCAUGUCUCCUUCCUGCCUCCAGCCAUCCAGCAGCCGAGAGAGGAGAGGGUAACCCAGCCAGCUGGCAUGCCUGUCUACGCCCACUGCUCUGCCCGGGGGGCCCCCGUUCCCUCCAUCCGCUGGAGGACCCCAGAUGGUACGCUACUGCUCCCCUCUCAAUUCCUCAAUGGGAACCUGUUUGUCCUCCCCAACGCCACCUUGCUGAUACGCAGGCUUUCCACUAAGGACUCUGGGAGCUAUGAGUGCCUGGCGACUAAUGCAGUAGGCGGGGAUAAGAGGACGGUGAGGGUGUUGGUGACUGGAGAUGAAGGAGGAGGUGUUGUCUCCACAGAUAAAACUACAUCCUCCUCUUCCAUUAACAGUAACUCUGACCUGAACCCCUCCUCAGCCGUCCUUAACCCUCCUCUCCGGCCCUCCUCCCCCCUCAGUAAAGCUAAGAUCCUCUCCACCUCUCCAUCCAGUUCUAUAGUUGUAUAUGGAGAAACUCUGCUCCUUCAAUGUUCAGUAACCGGCUACCCAGAGCCUAGAGUGGUCUGGAGGGUACCUGGCAAGAAACUAGUGGAUGCCCACUACAGUUUUGACAAGAGGAUGAAGGUACACAGUAAUGGAACGCUGUAUAUCCAGUCCAUGACGGAGAAAGACGGGGGGGACUAUUUAUGUGUCGCACGAAAUAAAUUGGCUGAUGACUACCGCCUCCUCCGUGUCACCGUGGUCACGAAGCCCGCUAAACCCGCUAAGAUUGAGCCAAAGCAGCCAUCCAAUCAGAAGGUGGUAUCGUAUGGAGCAGCUUUAAAGGUAGACUGUCUGGCCACCGGGCAGCCUGACCCCGCAGUGAGAUGGAGCCUACCGGACGGAACCUCAGUGAACAGCGUACUGUUGCAAGGGGACGAGAAAGGGGGACGGAGGAGGCGGCUGGUGGUGUUUCACAACGGGACUCUGUUCCUCCCGUCAGUGGGGAUGGGGGAGGAGGGGGAGUACGUCUGCCACGCUGAGAACCAGAUGGGGAGAGACUCCAUGAGGGUGAUGAUCAAAGUCCUUACCUCACCCCCUUCCUUCCAAAGAACGAGAUAUGAGGUCAUCAAGGUGCAACAAGGGGGCGUGGUGGCUCUGAACUGUGGGGCCAAAGGAGAGCCCAUCCCUACAGUCACAUGGUUCUCUCCAAACAAUCGUGUCAUCCCUGUGGGGGGGUCCGGUCCAGUUGUAGUGCGGCCAGAUGGCUCCUUGGUGAUCCAGGGGGCUAGAGGGGCUGACGGAGGAAACUACACCUGCCAAGCCAGCAACGUGGCUGGGGAGAGGAGCAGGGUGAUGGGGGUGGAGGUGAGCGUGACCCCACCCAGCUUCACUCUCAAUGGGACUAGGGGUGGACUCGAUGGGACAGACAGACAUACAGCUGUUGUUAGCAGUAGUGGACUCAGUACUAGGAUCACCAUCAGUCAGUCUGCAGGGAGGGUUCAGUCAGGCAGGACUGGUAAUGGUGUCAGUAGUGGUAAUGGUGUCAUUAAUAAUGAAGUGAGUCAUAAUGGGGUCAGUAAUGUAGGGGACCAGAGGGUCUCAGCAGUAAGAGGCCAGACAGUUCUUUUGCCCUGUCCAUCCCAGGGCUUCCCUCCACCCCGCUUGGCCUGGUUGCUGCCUGGUAACGGGGUUCUCCCGGCGCCUUAUUACGGCAGCAGACUCACUGUGCACCGCAACGGAACCCUGGAGCUGAGGGGGGUGAGGGCAAGCGAUGCUGGUCUGCUGGUGUGUGUUGCUCGUGGUGAGAGGGGCGAGACUCAGAUAAUGGUACAUCUAGAGGUUUUAGACACACAGGACCCACCUCGCUCCAGAGGCCCAGUGACCACAGGGAAACCUCGCCCAGUAGGCCCAGUCAGCACAGAGAAACAUCGUCCAGUAGGCCUAGUCAGCACAGAGAAAUCUCGCCCAGUAGGCCUAGUCAGCACAGAGAAACCUCGCCCAGUAAGCCUAGUCAGCACAGUGAAACCUCACCCAGUAGGCCCAGUCAGCACAGAGAAACCUCACCCAGUGGGCCCAGUUAACACAGAGAAACCUCGCUCAGGAUUCGCAUUUACAGAGGAGACACCUCACCCCAGAGGCCCAGUCACUACUGAGAAACCUCACUUAGGAGGCCAAGUCAGCACAGAGAAACCUCGCCCAGUAGGCGGGGAUAAGAGGACAGUACCAGGAGUUUCAUUCCGAGGGGAUACACCUCACCCAAGAGGCCCAGUGUCAGAGGCAGCAAGGAGUGUUAUCCCGGAGAGGAAGCUUUUGGUCAUCAGCAGAUCAGCUUCUCUGGUCAGCAUCAUAAGCGGAGAGAAUCUACGGCUACCCUGUCCCCAGACAGACAGCCCCAGUCAGAGUUCCAGCCAGACCCAGUCUCUGACCUGGACGUUGCCCAGCGGGGGGAUCGUGUCUCGGGGCCAGACAGCAGGGACGGGUCAGUACUCAAUCCUGGAUGACGGGACUCUGACUGUGCAGCAGGCGUCUGUGUUCAACAGGGGGACCUACUCCUGCCGAUCCACCAAUCAGGACACCUUGUCUAUCCUGACAGUUCCAGUGAUUGUAAUUGCCUACCCCCCUCGCAUCACCAACGGCCCCUCUCCACUGACCUACACCCGGCCCGGAGUUGCUGUGCAGCUCACCUGCUACGUCAUAGCAACCCCCCGAGCGACCAUCACCUGGGAGAUGCCGGACCAAUCCCAGCUAAGGGUCACAGGUCAGGCCCGUCUCUAUGGCAACCGGUACCUGAGCCCCCAGGGUUCCCUAGUGAUCCAGAACCCGACCAGCAGAGACACUGGGUUCUACCGCUGUACUGCACGGAACGCCAUUGGAACCGACACCAAGGCCACUUAUCUACAUGUGAUCUAACAGAACACACACACAGUGAGACCUGGUCCUGCUUAUCUUCGUGUCUGGAGGGGGCACACACACACACAAAUACACACAUACACACACACACACACUUUUUGCCCUAAGAAACUGCAAAGUUGAGUGCAGAAAAUACUGUUCAACCAAAGACUGAUAAAAGAUAGUAAUAGAGAAUAUAAAACCAAAUGCAUUUUUUGUGUUAUGCAUCUUUUUUUGAACCUUUAUUUAACUAGGCAAGCCAGUUAAGAACAAAGUGUUAUUUACAAUGAAGGCUUACCCCGGCCAAACCCGGAUGACGUGGGGCCAAUUGUGCUCUGCCCUAUGGGACUCCCAACACGGCCGGAUGUGUUUCAGCCAUAAUGUGUUAUGCAUCUUACAGCCAUAGUGUGUUAUGCAUCUUACAGCCAUAGUGUGUUACACAUCUUACAGCCAUAGUGUGUUAUGCAUCUUACAGCCAUAGUGUGUUACACAUCUUACAGCCAUAGUGUGUUACACAUCUUAUAGCCAUAGUGUGUUACACAUCUUACAGCCAUAGUACAGCCAUAGUGUGUUAUGCAUCUUACAGCCAUAGUGUGUUACACAUCUUACAGCCAUAGUGUGUUACACAUCUUAUAGCCAUAGUGUGUUACACAUCUUACAGCCAUAGUGUGUUAUGCAUCUUACAGCCAUAGUGUGUUACACAUCUUACAGCCAUAGUGUGUUAUGCAUCUUACAGCCAUAGUGUGUUACACAUCUUACAGCCAUAGUGUGUUACACAUCUUAUAGCCAAUAGUGUGUUACGCAUCUUACAGCCAAUAGUGUGUUACGCAUCUUACAGCCAAUAGUGUGUUAUGCAUCUUACAGCCAUAGUAAGUCGCUCUGGAUAAGAGCGUCUGCUAAAUGACUUAAAUGUAAAUGUAAUAGUGUGUUACGCAUCUUACAGCCAAUAGUGUGUUAUGCAUCUUACAGCCAUAGUGUGUUACACAUCUUACAGCCAUAGUGUGUUACACAUCUUACAGCCAUAGUGUGUUACACAUCUUACAGCCAUAGUGUGUUACACAUCUUACAGCCAUAGUGUGUUACACAUCUUACAGCCAUAGUGUGUUAUGCAUCUUACAGCCAUAGUGUGUUACACAUCUUACAGCCAUAGUGUGUUAUCCAUCUUACAGCCAUAGUGUGUUACGCAUCUUACAGCCAUAGUGUGUUACACAUCUUACAGCCAUAGUGUGUUAUGCAUCUUACAGCCAUAGUGUGUUACGCAUCUUACAGCCAAUAGUGUGUUACACAUCUUACAGCCAUAGUGUGUUACACAUCUUACAGCCAAUAGUGUGUUAUGCAUCUUACAGCCAUAGUGUGUUACGCAUCUUACAGCCAAUAGUGUGUUACACAUCUUACAGCCAUAGUGUGUUAUGCAUCUUACAGCCAUAGUGUGUUACACAUCUUACAGCCAAUAGUGUGUUAUGCAUCUUACAGCCAUAGUGUGUUACACAUCUUACAGCCAUAGUGUGUUAUGCAUCUUACAGCCAUAGUGUGUUACGCAUCUUACAGCCAAUAGUGUGUUACGCAUCUUACAGCCAUAGUGUGUUACACAUCUUACAGCCAUAGUGUGUUACACAUCUUACAGCCAUAGUGUGUUACGCAUCUUACAGCCAAUAGUGUGUUACGCAUCUUACAGCCAAUAGUGUGUUAUGCAUCUUACAGCCAUAGUGUGUUACACAUCUUACAGCCAUAGUGUGUUAUGCAUCUUACAGCCAUAGUGUGUUACACAUCUUACAGCCAUAGUGUGUUAUCCAUCUUACAGCCAUAGUGUGUUACGCAUUUUACAGCCAUAGUGUGUUACACAUCUUACAGCCAUAGUGUGUUAUGCAUCUUACAGCCAUAGUGUGUUACACAUCUUACAGCCAAUAGUGUGUUAUGCAUCUUACAGCCAUAGUGUGUUACACAUCUUACAGCCAUAGUGUGUUAUGCAUCUUACAGCCAUAGUGUGUUACGCAUCUUACAGCCAAUAGUGUGUUACACAUCUUACAGCCAUAGUGUGUUACACAUCUUACAGCCAAUAGUGUGUUAUGCAUCUUACAGCCAUAGUGUGUUACACAUCUUACAGCCAUAGUGUGUUAUGCAUCUUACAGCCAUAGUGUGUUACGCAUCUUACAGCCAAUAGUGUGUUACGCAUCUUACAGCCAUAGUGUGUUACACAUCUUACAGCCAUAGUGUGUUACACAUCUUACAGCCAAUAGUGUGUUACGCAUCUUACAGCCAAUAGUGUGUUAUGCAUCUUACAGCCAUAGUGUGUUACGCAUCUUACAGCCAAUAGUGUGUUACGCAUCUUACAGCCAUAGUGUGAGUUAUAAAAGCAAUAAGCAGCUCUGAGAAGCAACUGCAUCAUUCAACAACAAUAAAUAGUGUCAACAUCACAGACUAUAUCAGGGAGUAAAAACAUCAGCUGUUGCAAUACACAUCAUGCAACAUGCAACAUAUUCAGCUCUGUAUUAUACAACCUUUCUGAACUUUUACCUCCAUAAUAUCUAAAAUGGCCUUUUGAGUCCUGUGUAUAGUUGUGUAUUUAUGAGCAGAACAAAUGUUCGAUAGUGGUCACAGAACUCCUCCAAUGAUAGUUCUGUGGAGCCACAGGAGGCUGCAGCACUCUGUGUCUGCAGCUGUCUGUGUCUACAACUCUCUGUGUCUGCAGCUACCUGUGUCUGCAGCUGUCUGUGUCUACAGCUCUCUGUGUCUGCAGCUGUCUGUGUCUACAGCUCUCUGUGUCUGCAGCUGUCUGUGUCUACAGCUCUCUGUGUCUGCAGCUCUCUGUGUCUGCAGAGCUCUGUGUCUGCAGCGUUCUGUGUCUGCAGCUCUCUGUGUCUGCAGCUCUCUGUGUCUGCAGCUCUCUGUGUCUGCAGCGCUCUGUGUCUGCAGCGCUCUGUGUCUGCAACUCUCUGUGUCUGCAGCUCCCUGUGUCUGCAGCUCUCUGUGUCUGCAACUCUCUGUGUCUGCAGCUCCCUGUGUCUGCAGCUCUCUGUGUCUGCAGCGCUCUGUGUCUGCAGAGACAGCUCUCUGUGUCUGCAGCUCUCUCUGUCUGCAGCUCUCUAUGUCUGCAGCCCUCUGUGUCUGCAGACUUGACUACUCUUCCAGCCAUUAGGCUGUAGGCUACAUACAUCCCAAGAUCUGUCAAAUAAAAACAACAUUUACCAAGUCUUUGAAGAUGGAAUUUGUAGUAAUGACAUAUUUUUGUAUACAGUAGCGUAGAUGUGUGUAUGGCUCCAGUGUCAGAUCACACAUGUGUAAUAUCCAUAUAAAAGCUGAUACCAUCAUGUUUUAAUUUUGUGUAAAUUAUUUGUCUUGUAAAGACUGUAAUAUAUUGUUAUUUUGUGCCUCUUAUCAUAAAGAGAGAGAUGUCUCUCAAAUCUCUCACUAACCUUCUGCUUUUCCCCCCAACUGCUACAUUUUAUAAAUAAAAUAUAAAAGAAAUUCA